GGAAUGUGUACAUUGGUCACCAUAGACUAAUGGUGGUCCAAUCGCUAGGCAAUGGGUGUCAUUCGUCAAGGUACGCCAGACGUGUGCGCAGUCGUGAAAGGCUUACCCAUUCCGAUGGAUGGAAGAAUAGAUAUCCACGCCAUUCCAACCCACUAUGUUUGGGAUGUAAUAGUUCGUGGUGGUAGUAGUACGUGCGCGCUCAAAGGGUGUCUUAGUGGCGGGGCGUCAGGAUUCUGACGCAUUGACGCAGCCGCCGAGCGGCAACCUCCGAGUCUUCGCACCGAUUUGCUGGAAAUGGGACAGGCGAUAAGUUCAGGUCACUCGCAGCCCGCCCUUCCCCCGGAACAUCCUCCAGUCUCGUCGUCGACCUCCUCUCCCCCUCCAACAUGUCCAAUGCACCGUGGGGGCUCCGGCUCCGACGUUGUGAAUCCCCUAAACAACAUGCCCAAUCUCCCCCAGACACCGGCCCACAAUCAAAAAUCGAGCCUUCCAAUUGAACGGACGGAGUCCAGCAUCCCUCGUGCCCCUUCUCCCGAUAGCGAGUCGUCCAAUUCUGAGAAAUGGGAAUACCCAAGCCCUCAACAAUUCUACAAUGCGCUGGUAAGGAAAGGUUGGGUGACACCAGAGGAACAUGUGGAAAUGAUGGUGGAGAUACAUAAUUUUUUGAACGAAAUGGCGUGGAAAGAAGUUGUGAAAUGGGAAGCUGAAAGUCAGCCGGGUGCCCCCGAGCCUCGGUUAGCGCGUUUCCAAGGGAAACCGGGAGAGUUAUCUCCGAAAGCACGUUUUUGGUUGGGAAUGGGCAAGAUAUUUCCCUCGCGUUUCAAUACGGUGCCACCCUUCGAUAGACACGAUUGGGUCGUUCGCCGACAUACAGGCGAAGAAGUUCGCUACGUGAUUGACUAUUAUGAAGCCCCUCCCGAUGGCGAUGGUUCACCUAUCUUCAGCCUCGAUGUGCGCCCAGCACUGGAUUCAUUUGGGAGCAUCAAGACUCGUAUUGUUUCUGCGACGAAAGAUGCUUGGACAGCAUUAAGAGAGAAAGAAAAUGGAGUAGGAAGAUGAUAUAUUUAAGUUGGUACGUUCAGCGCUUCGACAUCCCAACAUUGCCUUGAGGUUCUUGCGUAUCGCCAUAAGUGGCCCACAUGCAAUCCAUAAAUUAUUCCAUGUC